AUGGCUAUUUCUACAGGCUCUCAGGCUCCGUUCCCGCAGUCAUGUGCUCCGAACAAAGAACUUUUGAAGCAUUCUGAUAUCAGCAUACCAACCCCUACACAUCUACAUGAGAACGAUGCACAUUAUAUAGCACAUAUACCUGGAGAUCCCGCAGUUAAUCUUCUACUCAACGAGGUCCGCGACUAUUUGUCCAAUCAACUGGAAACUCCACUCCUGGACGAACUUUACGAUCAUCUUUGGCUAGUUCCCAGGAAAUCCGGCCAAAACAUUGACGCGCUCCAUAGGCAAAGAGUCAAGGGCCGAAGCAUUGUCCCUGCGGAAGACCCUAGACUUCAUCUUGUCUGGGGCGGCGACAAAAUCUACAUAAAGCCCAUUCCAGUUUUCCUCCUCGACCAUGAUUUUUGGACUAUGUAUCUACACCCUAGGAUGGGGGAAACUUCUGCGCCGUAUUCCCAAGGACUUUCCCAAGCUGCUACUUCAGCCUUCGACCGCUCGGUUGCACUAGGGUUUUUGCGGUCAUAUGCGUUGCUCGUACCGCAUCGCCUCGACUUCAUUUUCAUCCGCCACUUUCGCGACCUCGGAGACGAGAGCGUUGCAAAGCGGUACCACUACGGACAGCUACGUCUCUCGCGACUGGACUGGGCCGUCCGAAUAUUUCGUCCCCAGCACACCAGCACGAUCUGGUUCUGCGAAAUUCCUCAGUGGUCUCACACCGAUUUCGUGGCGAGAGCGACCCUGCCUUUGCUGUUCGUGUUUGCCAGUGUUUCCCUCGCUCUUUCGUCGAUGCAAGUUGCUCUCUCUGUGCCAGGAGAUGAGCUAUGGCCUCAAGGACUCAGCGAAUCUGGAAAACGAGAUAUGCAACGGGCGUUUUGGAUGUUCUCCGUUGUCGUGGUACUAUUGGAUUUUGAGGUGACUAACGCCGUCCUGUCUCAUCAUGUUUGCGCCUGA